UGGCUUUGCCCAACUGAAUCUACAUUUACAUAUAUACGUGUAUGUAUUCACAUAUAUGUAUAUAUGUAUCUUGUAUGUGAGUCGUAAUAGCUGCCGAAUGCGUACCUAAUCCGUUUCUGCAAGACGAACUUUGAGAGUAUCUGUGAACCGUCGUCACAACCCCCUGGAACGGUGCGGGACAUCGAGAGACACAACAUGGCGGAGCACAGCAACAACACGGACGAGGGGAUACACCUCGUAAUUAUCGGCGCUGGGCUGGCUGGACUGUCGGCGGCGCUGUCGACAAAGCUGGCAAAUCCGGCGCAUGAAGUGACCGUUUUGGAGACAGUCAAGGAGUUGCAGGAGGUUGGGGCCGGCCUGCAAAUAACCCCCAACGGCACACGCCUGCUUUCGCACUGGGGCCUGUCAUCCACCCUCGCGCCUCUCGCCGCCGUGCCCUCCUCCCUCUCAGUGCAUCGCUACGACGGCACCAAACUACUCGCCCACGAGCCGGACCUGCAGGGCCAGGUCAUGUCCCGGUACGGACAUCCCUUCUGGGACCUACACCGCGUCGAUCUGCAGCAGGCCAUGGUGGCGCGGUGCACGUCGCUGGGCGUGCGCAUCCGGUUGGGCUCGCGCGCCGUGCGCGUCGAUUUCGACGCUGCCGUCGUGCACCUCCACGACGGUACCAUCGUAGAGGGAGAUGUGGUGCUGCUAGCCGACGGCCUGUGGAGUGCCAUCCGCUCGGACUUCGUCGGCCGCCCUAGCCCGGCUAUUCGGACAGGGGACUUGGCCUACCGCAUCACCAUCCACAAGGACGACAUUGGCGGCGAGGAUGAGGAUGCAGAGGAGCUGCGGCGGUUCGUGGCCAACCCGACAGUCAACUUCUGGAUCGGCCCCAAGGCGCACUGCGUUGGGUACUCGGUGCGCGGCGGCGACGCGUACAACAUGGUUUUCCUGUGCCCGGACGAUCUGCCGAGCGGGGUGACCAAGCUAGAGGGGGACAUGGACGAGAUGCGGGCGCGGUUCCGAAACUGGGACCCGCUGCUGGUCCGGUUCCUGCGCCAGGUCAAGGGCGCGGUGCACAAGUGGCGGCUGAUGUGGCUGGACGCGCUGCCCGACUGGGCCAAUGAUCGGGGUACCUUCUUCAUGGCCGGGGAUUGCUGCCAUCCGAUGCUGCCCUACCUUGCCCAGGGCGCCAACUCAAGCCUGGAGGACGGGGCCGUGCUGGGGUCUUUGUUGGGCAAGGUGAAAAGGAGCGACAAGGAGAGGCAGUUGCCGUGUGUCUCGAAGCUGUAUCAGGAACUGAGGCAGGAGAGGGGGUGGAGGAUCCAGUUGGAGACGUUCAAGCAGCGGGAUGACUCGCAUUUGGAGGACGGCGUAAAGCAGGAGAAGAGGGAUGCGUUGAUGACGAGCAUGUUAGGCAAGGAGCUCAAAGCGCCGUUUCCCAGUCGGUGGACAUGUCCUGAGAUCCAGCCUUUCUUAUAUGGCUAUGAUGCGUAUGCUGAGGCGGAGAAGGCUUACCAGAAGAAUCCCUUCUGAGUGAAGAGAGGAAAUAAACUUGGCUUCUGUUCUUCUCCGUAUUCCCCCGGGUGCAGCUGUCAGGAUGGCAGAAGUCCGG